GAGGAUCCCACGUGCCGCGGAGCGGCUGGGCCCGUGAGCCAUGGCCGCUGAGCCUGCGCAUCCGGAGCCUGUGCUCCGCAGCGGGAGAGGCCACAACAGUGAGAGGCCCGCGUACCGCAAAAUAAUAAUAAUAAUAUUGGCUAUGUUCCCUGUGCUCUUUUUGUGUGUGUUUUUUUUUUUUUUUCUGGCCAUACCAUGCAGCAGGUGGGAUCUUAGUUCCCCGACCAGGGAUCAAACCCGUGCCCCCUGCAUUGGGAGCGUGAAGUCUUAACUACUGGACCACCAGGGAAGUCCCUCCUUGGUUUGUACAGUAUAUCCUUGUAGCUUAUUUUAUAUAUAGUAGUUUGUACCUCUUAAUCCCCUACCCCUAUAUUACCCCUCCCCCACCUUCCAUAUCCCAUCUGAUAACCACCAGUUUGUUCUCUGUAUCUAUGAGUCAGUUUCUUUUUUGUUAUAUUCACUAGUUUGUUAUAUUUUUUAGAUUCCACAUAUAAAUGAUAUCAUACAGGCUUCUGCCAUCUUUCCAGCCCUCUGUCAGACAGGCGUGGAGACGCUUCUAGAAGUAACAUCAUGAUGGCUGCCCAAUGAGAACCCUAAGUUCAGUUCAAACUUGUAUUGGUUGGUGAUGGUGGUACUGGAAAAACUACAUUUGUGAAACGUCAUCUGGUGAAUUUGAGAAGUAUGUAGCUACCUUGGGUGUCGAGGUCCAUCACCUUGUGUUCCAUACCAACAGAGGACCUAUUAAGUUCAACGUAUGGGAUACAGCUGGUCAGGAGAAAUUUGGUGGACUGAGAGAUGGCUAUUAUAUACAAGCUCAGUGUGCCAUUUGAUGUAACAUCGAGAGUUACUUACAAGAACGUGCCUAACUGGCAUAGAGAUCUUGUACAAGUGUGUGAGAACAUCCCCAUCGUGUUGUGUGGCAACAAAGUGGGUAUUAAGGACAGAAAGGUUAAGGCACAGUCAAUUGUCUUCCACCGAAAGAAGAAUCUUCAGUACUAUGACACUUCUGCCAAAAGUAACUACAACUUUGAAAAGCCCUUCCUCUGGCUUGCUAGAAAACUGAUGGGACACCCUAACUUGGAGUUCAUCUCCAUGCCUGCUCUCGCCCCGCCAGAGGUGGUCAUGGACUCAGCGUUGGCAGCGCAGUACAGGCGGGAUCUAGAGGUUCCUCAGACAACUGCCCUCCCAGAUGAAGAGAAAGUGAAGCUGGACUCCAGCGUCAGAAAUCUAGUUUUAUAGGCAACUGUCCUGUGAUGUCAGUGGUGCAGCGUGUUUGCCACUUUACUAUAUAGCUAAGCAGAACAUGUGCUUAAUCUUUGGGAUGCUGAAGGAGAUGAAUGGGCUUCGGAGUGAAUGUGGCAGUUAAAAAAAAA